AUGCAGAAUUCCUCAUCCAGUUGUAACCGCGAGCUCUCUCAGAUGGCAUUUGAACUGUUCGAGUUAGUUUGUUUGCUGAGGGUUCGUCCACGUGUUUCUCAGCAGCUCUCCAAAGGUAAACGUCCUUGUCUUCUGCACGAUAUGAAACAGCUGUUUUUUAUAGAAAGUUAUCAAGGGUUGGAGGUACCAUCGUUAAAAAAAUUAUUGACAAUAAAUGAUGUUGGAAACCAUCAUAAUGUAAAAUUGAUUUUGGUUUGAGUCGGUGGAUAGUUUAGGUCAUCAAAGUUUUGUGUUACCAAAGUUAUUAACAAUAAAUCCAUGAUAGAGUUUCCAAGGGAAGUUAAUCGAUGAUGGUUUGUGGAAGGUUUGAGUCAAGAAGGGUACGAGUUAUGUGGUAGAAGUUGUUAUCUUGAUUUAACACCACAUUCUCAUAACUAAUUUACCUGGAAAUCUGUAGCAGUUAGAGGGGAGAAUUAACAAUCAGAUCUUGGGAGAUAAAGGAGUAAAUGAUAUCUCACUCGUCUUUAAUAUGCAAACCAACUGACUCCAUUAUGUCUCCCAUUACUUGUAGAUGACAUCAAACGAUUGCCCUCCAUUCAACAAGCUGCUUUUCAUGAAGAUGACAAACGCAAUUUGAUGGUGUUACUCUGUAGUAAUGGUAAGUUUAACCCUUAACACCCUAACAUCAGUAUGCAUAUUCUCCAUACUGUUCUUGAUACAUUUGUUAAGGUGUUGACAAGGAGAAUUUGUUAAAACAAUCAAGAGCUCUUUUUCAUCAAUUGUUGAUCAUUUCUUUUAUUCUCGUGACUUAAAUGAGUGAUUCUGGGGUGAUAUUGUAAGGAGAAAUUAGAUGCUAGUCAUGCUUCAUAGGAAAAGGGUUAAGAGAAUAUAAAUCUCCCAGAACUUACACCAAGUGUUUUAUUGUGCUGCUUGAAAAACCUUGUAUUUGUUUUUUAAAUUUUUAUGUGUAGGAUCUUUAUUACUGCGUGCUGAGGAGAAAGGUGCUGCUUCAGUUGUAAAGCAAGUUUCUUGGUACCAGGUAAAGAUUUAUUUUGAUUUUUUUUGUUUUUGUAUUUUUUUUUUUUUUUGUAACAAACUAAACCGUUAUUGCAGAGGUCAUGGGUUCAAAUCCUGUAUGAGCCUUAAUUAUUUUUUAAUAAUAAUUAAAUAACUACUAGUCAUUUAAUAAGUAGUGUUCAUAACUUCGAGGAUUGCUUCUAUAUUCGUUUCUUCAAACUUGAGCUACAUUUCAUUUUUUCAUAAUGAUACAUGCUAGUCUUACAGUUUUAACAGAAAACUCCAAAAUUUAUGAAAUGGUCUAAUGCUGCUAAAGAAACUGCUGCAAACAAAAAUUUUCAUUUCACAAAAUAAUAUGACGAUGCUAUUAAAAAAGGAAGGCUUAGGUGUGCAUGGUAUUGAUAAGUAUUUUGAAGUAUUGUUAAUCAAUCAAAUGAUAAUUAAACAUAGUGUUUUGGACACGGAUUUGUACAAUGCCAAGGAGUUAGGGUACUUGAAUAUUGUUGUUGUUUGAUCUUCUUACAAGUGCUUUACACUGUAAAUCACAAUAUGAAUUAUAGUUUGUUAAUUAACACUGAUUUAAAAUUUAUACAACUGUGUUCCUGAUUAAAUCUCAACAGAACCCUGCUAAAGCCAUCAGAAUAAUAACCCUUGACCCAUCAGGUUCAUGGUUGGUCUGUGCAUGUGUAGAUGGCUCCCUGUAUAUUAUACCAGUAGCUGGAAUCACACAGGUAAGAUAAACAGUGUAUGAGUCAGGUGUUCAGACUCCUUUUCACAGAAGAUGUAUGGUUGUAGCAAGAAGCUUUGAUUGUUGAAAAAUUCUCCUUGUCAGUACCAAAUGAAAUGAAGGGAGAGGAGUAUAGAGAAUGUAAAUAUUGAUGUUAUAGUGUAAAGGAAUUCAGAAAAUAUUUUUUUCUGGUCAUUUACUGGUUAACUCGCAAUUAAGUUUUAACUGUUUUACGGGGAUUUUUUUUCAUAAAGUCAAAUUUGUUAGAGUUGUAUUGAUUUUUUCUUCCUUUACUGUUAUAGAGUAAUUCUGAGAUGUCUUGUCAGUAUUGGCCAACAGAUGAUAUAACACUCAUUUACAAAAGUGACAGACGAGGUACAGGGAUUUCAAUAAGAAAUGAUCAAAAAUAUAUUCUCUAACAAUUAUUACUCAGUUGUUUGGGUAAAUGAAAUGCACUGUUAACCCUUUAACUCCCAUGAGUGACCAAGACAGAAUUUCUCCUUACAAUGUCGAUACAAUAUCAACCAGCUAGGUAAUGAGAAUAAAGAAAAAUAUCAACUUGGGGAUAAGUAGUUGAUCCAGAGCUAAAUUCUCUGAACUAACAUUAUAAGAAUUGUAUGGUUGACAGUAGGGAGAAUUACAAAUUUGACCUAUUAAAAUACUGGUAAAAGAGUUCAUGCAUCAGGUCAGACACUUUAUCAAACUUUUUAAUGCAUAUUCUCAGCUGGGUUUUGUAAAGUAACGGAAACUAUUAUUUAAAGGGAAUAUAGAAAUCUGGAAUCUAGAAACCUCACCAGUUCCCCCCUAUGUCUCCUACACAAUUUCAGGUAACUCUUAGCAUUUUUUGUGGGUUUUCUUGAAUGAGGAAAGCACUGAAUAAGGAAGGACACAAGCCAUCUUUGAGCUCAGAAGACUUGAUAAUGGUUUUUUUUUGUUUGUGUUUUUGCAAACAUGGCCUUUUUAUGCUGUUGGUCAGCAAAUCAUAGCUUGUUGUCUUAUUCUGUCUUUGUUUUUUAACAUAAAGUGGGGUAACUGUGGUGCUGCAUUGGUGGGAGAGUAUAACAGGGUAAUUUAGUAUUAUCAACUGUGUUGAUAACAUAAAAUGGCCACUGUAUGGAGUUUCAAAGCUGACGUUUUUCGAGCUUUAGCCUUUUGUCAGGGUGAAUGGCAAAGGGCUCGAAACAUCAGCUUUGAAACUCCAUACAGUGGCCAAUCUACAUUAUCAGCAGUGUUAGCAAUACUUGAUAAUACUUAAUUACUAUGUUUUUAUGUAGGGUCUCCAUCUGAUCUAGUUUGGUGGCAGACAGUAGAUGAUUUGCACAUUGCUGUUAUAGGAACUGAGGUUUGUUUGCCUUAACAGGCACGUACCUUUUACCAGGUUUGUACAGGCCCUGGAGAACCUGGAAUUUUAUUUUGACAUUUUCCAGGACUGAAUAGUCCUGGGGAAAAAACUACAGGCCCUUGAAAAUCCAGGAAAUGUGCGUAAUUAAGUCAAGCAACGAUAAAAGUUUUCAGAAUUUACGUCAUAAGAAACGUAAUUUUUGUAGAUGGUAAUGAGCAUUGAUUUUGAAAUCCUGGGAAUGAAAGAGUUAAAAGUGAAAUUUGGCAUCCAGGAAAAAUCAGCCUGAGUCUUGGUAAAGUCUUGGAAAGGUCCUUGAAAUUUUUUUUGAAAAAGGGUACAAACCCUGUUUUACCUUUCCUAAUGUCAUUUUGGCCCCCUUUUUUUUUCCUACUUUGACAGAAGUCAAACUUGGAAGCUUAGCACACUGUUCUUAUUUCAUUAUGCUUACCUUAGUUAGCUUUCUAACAGAGACAUCUGCUUUUCAGGUAGCUAAUGACCAGUCCUAUUAUUUUUUUUCUAGCUUGGUGAAAUACUGUUUGUGAAUCUCAGGUCAAAAGUGAUGUUAGCUGCAGUUGAAUUUAAGGAGGGUAUCAAGUCCUUUGAGUUGAUGCAAGAUAAACAACAUGAAACAACUUCACUACUGGUAAAGAACACAUCAAUAUGGAACAUACCUCUUACUAACCAAGUUUGAGAUCCCUACUAUAAGUUUUGGAGCAAGUUUUUUUCUUCUCCAAUUUAAAUAUAAAUCCUAGCUGAAAAAUUAAGGUUUGAUAACUCAGUAUGUACCAAGAAAAUGGGGUUAUCAUAACAUAUUUUAAUUAGUAUUUCUCUGGUUUUAACCCUUUAAUUCCCAAGAUCUGAUUGUUAAUUCUCCCCUCUAGCUGCUACACAUUUCCUUGUAAAUAAGUUAUGAGAAUUUGGUGUCAGAUCAAGAUAACAACUUUGAUCUAUCUGAUAAGUUUUAAUAUUCUCAUGACUUGUUGGAUAAUCUUAAUUAACUAUAGGGGAAAGUUAUUUGUUAAUCACUUCUGGGAGUUGAAGAGUUGAUUAUCUAGAGGGGGAAGAUUUCAAUUCAAACAAACGUUUGAAUUUGGCAGGGUGUACAAUGAAUUGUGGCCCUCUAAUUUGACCACCACAGCCCAUGUACUAUAUGUAACUGAGAGAAAUAGUAACAAAUCAAUUCCAAAUGUAAGUUUGAGUAGUUUUGUGGUCUGAAGUGGUAGGUAGCUAUCUUAAUAUAAUGAUCAAAGUAGUCUGCUGUUAUAAAAAAAACCUUUUACCCCAAGAUCUUAUUUAAUUCUCCUUACUGUCUGCAAUAAAAUUAUUUAAUGUUGUGAUGCAUAUGAGUUUCUGACCCCAUGAGAGGAUGUGCUGUUGGGGAAAAAAAUUCCAGCUCUAUAACAACAUAUUCAUGCUUUCAGAUCAACACCAUGUCUGGUGGCACAGUCCAGAUGCAGCUUGAGUACAAGUCCAUGCAGAAAACAGGCUUAGAACAGUUAAAGAGCCCUUCAUCUGUUGCCACAGCUAUGGGGUAUGAGACACUCAACAGGUUGACCAUACCCAUUGAGAGUGUGUUCAGUGGAACAGGUGAUCUGCAGGAUAAGAUAAAACCUAUGCCAACCACUGUAAGUAGUAUUUAAAUGAUUAUUAAUAAUGAUAUUCCUAUUGUAGUUUUUUGAGGGUGAAUCUGUGAGCUCAUGUUGUAGAGCACUGGACUGGGAGUACUGGACUGGGAGCACUCAAAAUAACUGAGGAGAAUAUGCUCCCUUUGCUAUGACAUCUGCUAAUGAGCUUCUCAGAUACUAAAAGUGGUUGGGCACUUCUGCCGACUGGGUUACGAAGCCACAUUGGUUUCAGGAAAAUUCUUUAGGCUUUGACAGGAUUCUGAACUUUUCCUCAUCAUUUUAAAUUCAUAAUAUCAUAGUUUUAGAGUUAAGAACAAAAAAGUUUUACUUUUUGAUUUCACAGACCUCUACUGGUAUUAUUCAGUUCUCAGUGCAGUAUGCUAGAAAUCAAGUGUUUAUUGGUGCCCAGAACAUAAAGAAUGACAUUCUGGAGGUAAAUGCUCCUCUUUACAGUGGCCAAUUAACAUUAUAUUCACUCUGAUUAAAGGCUAAUGCUUGAAGCAUCAGGUUAUAAACUCUUUACAGUGACCAAUUUACAUUAAUUUAUCAGGUCAGUUAAUAAAACCAAAUUAUCCUAGGCUGUUAUGCUCCAUCACCAACACAGUACCACAGUUCUUUAGAAACUUACCCCCUUAGGAGUCAAAAGGUUGAACACUUUGGGAAUCCUGCUCCAGCAAUUUAAGGGGAAGCAAGUGGCUGUAAAUUAGCUUCCUAUUCUAGGCAAGGUGGAAAUGAUUAGUCAUCUUGAUCAGUCUGCAGAAACUGGGAUUAGUUCUGGUUGUGAAAAUCAGAAGACUCAUGCAGAUGUUGAUGAAUAAUUACCAGUUGUAAUGAAUACAUGAUGAUUUUUGUUUUUACACAGGUGUAUGAUAUUGAUGUAGAGAACCUACCAAUGUUUGUGUAUCAACUUCCUCCAGGAACAUCCAAUGUUUUAUUAACUGACAGGGUUAUAUUUACCAUUACUCACCAAGAACAGUCAGAAGAGGUAAUUAAUUGCAUAUUGAAUGAUAUUGCAUUCAUUUCAACUGGCUUAUCGGCUUGCUGAAAGAGUGAAUGCAUAUAUAAUCUCAGUUAUUUGAUCAUAAAAUUGCACUUUAGACACUGGUGUCAAAGAUAGGACACUAGCAUCUAUAAUCAGAUGCAAGUGUCUGAAAUUUCAUUUAGACCCUUGGGUCUAAAAUUGGAUACUAGUGUCUGAAAUUGCAUUUUAGACACCAUUGUCUAAAAAUUGGACACUACCCUGUAGUGUACAAAUUUGGAUUGUAGUGUCCUAACCCUUUAACUCCCAGAAGUGAUGAACAUGUAACUUCUACUUAUAAUAUCCAUCUAUUAUCCAACAAACAGGUGAUGAGAAUACUCAAAUUUAGAAUUUUUUACCUAUAUCUAAUACCAAAUUCUCCUAACUAACUCAUAAGGAAAAGUGUAACAGCAAGAGGGGAGAAUUACCAAUCAGAUCCUGGGAGUUAAAGGGUUAAAUCAGAAACUAGUGUCUUAAAUUGAACACUUAAGUGUCUAUAAUCUGAUGUCACUGUCUAAAAUUGGACAUAAGUGUCUGAAAUCAGCAACUGUGUUUAAAAUCAGACACUAGUAUCCGAAAUUGGACACUACUGUCUGAAGUCAGCAACUAGUGUCCAAAACUAGUAGAAUAUGUUCCUCUUUAAAUGGAAAUUGGUGAAAAUUUCUUCUUAUUAUUAUUUCUUACCUCUUAGUACUGCCUAACAUGGCUUGGGCUUCUUUAAAUUUCCCUAGGUUAUAGGACUGUUCUACUGGUUUGAAAAUUUCUUCAGUCCACUUGUAGUGCUUAAAGAAGGGAAACUCUGACCAUGUAAACUAAUCAGUAAAUGGCCUCUAUUUCAGUGGUAUGUUUUCCAUUCAACCAGUAACUCUACAGACUAUUUGUUAUAUGAAAUUUAUUGUUAGGUUUGUUUGUAGACUUUGUUGAGCAUCCAGUCCAGUCAGCUUGCAGAAACCUCUCUAUCAGUACCAAAAACUCAUCAGGUACAGCAAUGUCAGACAUUUGAUAGAUCCAUGCUUGAUCAGCUCUGUGUAAUAUUGGUUAUUUGAUUACAUUUAAUUCAAGUAUCAUACAUUUUGAGAAUGACAUGAUUUAAAAUUAUAUUGUACAAAUAACUAUUGCCUGAACUUGUAUGUUUUGAUAUAAUCAAUCUUUUAAGUCAUUCAGUGCUUGGAUGUCAGUAUGUAAUUAAAGCUUAACUCUCGUCCCUUGACAACUUAAAAUAUGAUUUACAUAGAAUCAUUGAAAUACUGUUGGAUUCAGUAUAAAUCACUCAGGGAGACUUAUUUCUGCAUUGGAAUUCAAGUUUUGAUCAUUUUACACUAUUGUUCCAAACUUUCGCAUCAAUAAUUACUAAGUUUGUUGAAAGGUGUUUCUGAAAAGCAGCAAGAACAGUUUGUUGUUCAACAUUGUGGGUUUUUAGUUAGAAAUAUCUGGUUGUAUUUUUGCAACUUAAUUAUAACCCUUUUACACCUCAGCAUCAAUACACACAUUCUCCAUACUGUACUGACAAGGAGAAUUUGUUUUACAAUCAAGAGCUUCUUUAGUCCAUAAUCAUUUCCUUUAUUCUCCCAACCUUAAUGUGUGUUCAGGGGUGAUAUUGUAAGGAGAAAUUAGAUGCUAGUCACUCUGAGGAGUCAAAGGAAACUUAAGUAAUCCAAGAGACUGUAAUUUUCAAAAUUCCUUCGCAGAAGACAGAGUCGAGUAUCAUCCAGACCUUUGUGUUACCACCUGGUGAAAAAAUGGUUGCCAUGUUUCAACACCCAGAGCUGGUGGAGAGUGUUAUUGUCGUGGAUGAUCUUGAUCAUUCACAUGCAACAAGCAGUUCUUGUAGGAUGUCACACACUGUGGAUGGCGUGACCCUGGUCACGACAUCUGGUGUUUUUAAAUGCAGGCCAAAGAUGUCACCAGAGAAAUUGUUUCUAGAGCUAGCUGUCAACAGUGCUGACACAUCAGCUGCCGAUGUGCUUGCCAUCACCACAGGCCUUGAUGUGAAUAAGUUGUAUGAGGUGUGUGCAUCACUAUAUGUUCCUGUAAUAGUGCUUUGGAACUAUUUACAGAUUGAUUUUAAACGUUAUCAUCAUGUAGCUAGGGUGGGUUACUGUUACCAAGUUAGUGCAGUCACAGUCAGUGUCAAUGUGGUCUCUCUUGUGGGACAUGGGAAGCCCUUAUGAGGUUUACAAGAGCAUUGUUGCGUACUUUUGCUGUAUUUUACUUUGGUUCAGUUGUGCUAAUUAUGAUCUCCUCUCUGCUAAGUAGGUUGUUAGGGUAAUUUGGUAUUAUCAACUGAAUUGAUAAUGUAAAUUGGCCACCAUAAAGAGUUUUAAAGCUGACAUUUCAAGCGUUAGCCCUUCGUCAGAGUGAAUGGAGGAAUUGUGGGUUGCAUGUGUAUGUUUAUAUGCAGGAAAUGGAGCUACGCUUUUGGUGUAAAUAUGGUGAUGGGAUGAAAACCACUUGUUGAUACUGUGGGUAUUAAUUAAGAUCAGUGCCAAAAGAGAUUGAUACCCUCCUUUCACAACCUUUACAACACCUAUCCCUUAAUGCCAUUGGCAAAGUGUUUUGAUUGAUUGUUGUGGAAAAUGUCCACUGGAAAUUCAUUAACAGUCUAAUAAUGCAGGCAAUUAUUUAAUAUCUUUCUUUCAGAUGGCUGGUGAUGAGGCAUUGAAAAAAGAGAACUUUGAACAUGCAUUAGAACUGUACCAUUUAUCCAAGGUAAGGGGGGAGAGGGGGUGUGACUGAUCUCUAAUGGGGUGGUUACCUACUCUACCCAGAAGGACAAUAAUAUAAUUAUUCUUCACUGCUCUAUAUUAUGAAUAAGCAAAAAUUCAAAUUGUAACAUGAAAGUUUUUCUUGUCUGUUCAGUGCUCAUUUGAGAGACGUGUUGCUCAAUUUGCAAAACAUGGCAGGGUUGCAGAUAUCCUCGCUUAUCUCAGACAGGUAAAAAUGCUUUAAUUUGUAUUUUGAUUUAUGGGUAGAAAUGAUGAAGUGUUAAUUAAUUAAAAGUUGAUUUGAGGUAUUUCAUCGCAAGUAUUUUGUCCAUCAAUUAAGUAAAUGUCAUUUUUUCUCUAGAUACAUAACACUGGAAGUGUAGAAAUGAAUUUGUGUUAAAAAAAAGAUGUUUUAAUUUUCAUUCAAGGGAACACAGCAAUAGAAAAUGUUAGAUGUUAAAUGUUUGAUGAAAUAUCAUCAAAAUUAAAAUGUAAUCUUUGCUUUGCUUUUUCAAGGCACUCAGUAACCACAGUGAUGUUCACAUUGCAGAGAGGAAACAGCUAUCCAAUCUUACACUCUUCUGCUUCAUACAACAGGUUCUUGCCAAUUGAUGUAUUUUAGAACAUCCUUGUUAAGUUUAGACCCUGGAGUUUUUAAGUAUCAGCUGUGGUGAGCCUCAUUUAUUAAUGAAAUAGCAGACUUCAAACUAUAACAUUACCUUUCAUUGACAGGUUUUGUAUCAUAGUGGAAAUGCAGUUCAGCAACAGAUACUCUCUGAAGCAUUCAGGUAUGGCCACAAUCAUUUUAAUCAAUAAAUUGCCAGUGUACUUUUUUUUAAUAUCAUUAUGUCUCCUUCAGCCAAUUCCUGAAUGAUAAUUUUGACUAUGAUGAGCUCACUGCCUUGGAACAGCUAUCAGCAUAUGGUCUCAAGAACUUCAUGUUUGAUGUAGCUAAGGUUAGUGAGAGAGGUGUAGGGAAACUAAUAAAAAAUUCGCACUUGCAAAUGCUUUUAACAUCCAAUUCCCACCCCGCCCAUCUAUUAAUUUGGGAUUUAUGGCCACUUAACCCUUCACACCCUAACAUCAGUAUGCAUAUUCUCCAUACUGUUUCUAUACAAUUCCUUAGGUGCUGACAAGGAGAAUUUGUUUAUCAAUCAAGAAAAUUUUAAGUUAGUGAUCAUUUCCUUCAUUCUCAUGACCUUACUGUGUGAUACAGGGGUUAUACUGUUGGGAGAAAUUAGAUGCUGGUCACCCUCAGGGGUCAGAAGGUUAAUUACUUAUCCAAAUGUUUCUCUUCAACUAGCCUGUGUCUCUCUUUGUUUCUUCAUUUGUCACAGCCAGUUACUUCAGUCUAGGCAGAUAGUGUUCUCUGCACUCAGCUAUAAAAAUACUCUAGUUGGCAAAGGUUAACAAUUAUUUUUAGCUCAAGAUCAUGGGUAUUGCACUGCUUUGCUGGAUUAAAGUAGGCAGUGCUUCAAAACCGAGUAACCAAUGAAAAUGCAAGCUGUGGUAGCUUCUGUAGAACACUGCACUUACUUCAAAUCCUAUUUAGAAACUUGAGGCUUGUGAAGCCUACGAAAUGAGAUCAUGGAAAGUAACUUCAGACUGACUUUAAAUAAUUUGAACAGUUUGUCAGGGGUUUUGACUGUAUUGCAUGAUGUUGCAAAAUGCACUGUUAAUAAUCUUAGUGGAAAGACUGAAUUGAGACUCAGGCAGUUAUAUUUUAUUCACAGGCAAGAGGGCUCAUGGCUAAAACUCUAGACAUGCUUGCACAGAAAGGACAGUUUCAUCUCUCAUGUGAACUUCAGGGCAAGUUAGCAUCUAGAGGGUUCACUGAUAUCAUCAGCAGAAGUGCCAAUGGUGAGAAAGAUUUUAUUGCGGUACUUGAAUAGAAAGUUUGAUCAAUUUGCAUUCAAUUUGAUAGGAUGGUCUUGCAUUAAGUGUUUUAUUGAGUUGUGCCUGUUCAGAACUUUUUUAAGUAAAGAAAAAAAUGCUUACUUUGGAAGAUGCUUGAAAAUUUUACUGAAAAUGCUUUUAAUUUGUGACUUAUGAGGUUUAUUAUUUUAAGCUUCAGAUGCUAGCCCAACAAAGAACAAUGAUGCAUUCAUUUGUUAUUAACUUUAUUUGAUAUUCACCUCCAACUUAUAAUUACUCUGUAUGUAUAAUAGGUGCUUUCAUACAUUGCAUGGACCCUAAGGAUGCAGUAUCAUUUCUGUUGUCAAAGGUACUAUGAGGCAAAAUCAUUUCCUACAUGUAAUCUGCCUAGGUAUUUUUAUUUUAGUGGUCAGUACUGUUGUAUCAUAAACAUAAUGUGGAAGGUUUUUAAGUGGAGGGUAAUCAUUUUGCUUAAUUAUUUUUAUUGAACUGAUUUUUCUUAAUAUGUUCCUUUGUAUAGCCUGAAACUAUUUUAAGUCAUAUGAAAUUCAUUCUAUCUCAUCUGACGUCGCUGAAUGAAGAAAGCUUGGUGCAUGUCGCUCGAGUUCUGGACCCAUCUCGUCCCUCAUUUAGAUCCUUGGCUAGUAAAAUGAGCCCUCCAAAGCAGAGGUAAGAAUUUGUUAUUGUUAACCCUUUAACUCCCAGGAGUGAUUAUCAUGUAAUUUCUCCCAAUAAUAUCCAUUCCAUAUCCAAAAAAGAGAUAGUGAGAAUUCUCAAACUUAUCAGGUACGAGUUUUUUUCUUGAUCUAACACCAAAUUCUCAUAACUAAGUUAUAGAGAAAUAUGUAGCAGCUAGAGGAGAGAAUUAACAAUCAGAUCUUGGGAGUUAAAGGGUGAAGAAAGACUUAGAUUAGUCAUGCAUUUGGAUAGUAACUGUGUCAAAAAGUGAUAACAACAGUUUUUGUUUAUCUUGAAGUAAAACCAAUAAAUAGAAGAGUUUGAAGUUGUUUUCAAGGAACUUUAACAGAUAAAUAAUUUAUGACUACUGUACAUAUUGUGACUAACAUCCAUGAAAGUUGAAUAAAAGACCUCUUGUUGCAGCGUUUAGAUCACCCCUGAUGAAGGCACUAGACAGGAGUGUUGAAACGUUGGGUCUAUGAAUUGUAACUUCUUUGGUUACAUUCAUUAAAUCUGCAAACCAGUCAGUAGCAUCAAACUAUGUCAAGCUACAUUUUACUUAAAGUUUGUUUAUUUAUACAAUCAAUAAGUUGAACACUAUGUCAUGCAUCAAUUGUAAUGCACACUACCAUGAUAGCAAUUGAGAAAUACAGCUGGAGGGUGUAAGUGGUUCAAGAUGUUGAUGAUCACUGCAAUAAUCCAAAUUACGACAAUUGAGUAAUAAACAAUAAUUAUUAUGAUUGUGAUAGUGAUAAAAGCAACCAUUGUCAGUGAUAGUUAUUGAUUAGAGUUCACAUAAAUAGGCUGAUAUUUGACAUUCAUUUUGUUUCAGGACUAUAUCUGGAAGCUCAAUCAGCUCAGUACUUUCUGUUGAAAGUACAGUCAGCUUUGGACAGGUCUGUCACAGUUAGUUUUUUUUAAUACAAUAAAUCAUUUUAAUUAUUUAAAUUACCCAUACACAUUCAACAGAAGAUCAUUGAAAUCUCCAAAGGAAGGAACUUUUUUCAUUGAUUGUUGCAAAAGAUGUAGGGAUUUAUUAUGGAUUAAGGAAUGAGUGUGAUGUAGAGGUGGUGGGGGGGGGGAUAAGCUGUUAUGAUAAAUUUUUAUGGAAUAUUUAUGAACUAAACUGGAACAAGAUGACAAAGAUUCAAAAGAUCCAUUGAUCUUACCUUCUGCAAACUUCUAAAUAAAUGUUGAAUUUUUCCUUUGUGAUAUAUACAGGAGGAUACUAAGCAACCUUCCCUGCAGGAUCUGAUUGAGCUGUUUUUAUGUUGUCUUUUGGUUUUAAAUCAUCUCAGAGAUGACAAGUUGGAUGCUGAUGCAAGGUGUGUAUUCCUUUUUAUUUCAAUAAUUUUUUUAAAUUUAGGGUGAUGUCAAAAGUAGAAGGCUACCAGCAAAAAUGAUUCAUCUACUCUGGUCCAUGUUUCAGUUUUUAUCUCCAUUUCUUUGAGAAAGAUGGGCAGGCGUUUUUCAUUUUCGAUUGGUUAAGAGUCAUCUUUUAACCACUAGGACCAUGCCCCCAGAUCUGUUCUCCCCCAGCUCCUUCUCUUAAAUGCUUGUGCUUUUGCCAUCCCUAUGUUAAAGGUCAAAUAUGACUUUUUUUUCAGGCAAUGUAAGCCCAGUUUUUUAAAACUAAAUUAUUUUUUAAUGUUGGCAUCUUUGAAAUGAGGGUUAAGGUUCUUGUCAGUACAUGAAUAAUAGCUGCAAAUCAUAUUGGGCCAUUGUGAGUCAUUGAAUAAAUUAGGGUAAGUUUCUAAUUAAAAGAAAUUGUGGUGCUGCAUUGGUGGGAGAGUAUAACAAGGUAAUCUACUAUUAUCAACUGAGUUGAUAGCGUGAAUUGGACAUGGUAAAGAGUUUCAAAGCUGACAUUCCGAGCAUAACCCCUUCCUUAGAGCAGAUGAUUCAAUUUGAUGAAGGGCCAAUGCUUGAAAUGUCAGCUUUGAAACUCUUUAUGGCAGCCAAUUAAUGCUAUCUCAGUUGAUAAUACUACUUAAAAAUUACCCUAUUGUGAGUCAUUGAUACUUUUUAUUGUCCUCGUCCAGAGUUGCGGCAUUAAAGUGUAUUUCUGGUGGUGACCAAGCUUCUGAAAAUAGUCAUGGAAGGAAGAGGGUAAUGUCAAGUGUUUGAGUUCUUAAUUAAAUCGUGGUAUUUAGUGAACCACAUUCUGUAGCACUCUUCCUAUUCCCUACAAACUAAGUAAUGAUUGUUCCUGUUCAUAAUAGGAAGGAACAGUGGAGUUCCUGUGCAGGCCUGUCAGGUUGUCUUGUGGUCAACAACACUCAGCUGUUGUUAGCUCAUCAGGGGAUGUUUAUACCUGGGGAAGAUCGCCAAAAGGAAGGUACAUGUGCUGCCAAAAAAACAUCUCUACAGAAUUAAAUGCAGUUAUAUUUAUGACAAUGAAAGUCUGCCAAAUGUUAAAUCAUCACUGUGCACCUGCUUACAGCAUCAACAUUGACAAAUAUUUUUCUGUUAACAAGGUUACUGUUAGUUGUUAAUUCAGAGAAGAAACCACAUGAUAUAUAGUACUCCCACUUUGUAUGGGGAACAGGACAGCUUCAAGUCGGUAUUCCCAAUAAUGGGGUAGUCAGUGGGUUACUACUGGUAUUUAUUAAAUGGUACCAAGUUUCUAAAGGUGUGGCACAAGUAAGUAGGGAUGUGCCUUCAGUCUUCCUCUGGUUAGUGUUUGCUAGCUAAACAGGGUUGAUUCACCCACCCACUGUAUUUAUCUAUGCUCAAGAAUUUACCAUUUCUGGUUUUAUGUGCUGAUUAGAUUUUGUGGAGUAUAACCAAAUAAAUGUUUUCUUCCAAAUUUCUUGCUGCAGAUUGGGCCAUGGAGAUUUAAUUGAGGAAGAAGGAAAAUCUGUUCCUUUUCGGGUUGAAAUUCUCCACAUGCACAGGUUGGUUUUAUUGAAGUGAGAUUUGGUUUUUCAAAUGUUUUUGAAAUGCUUCAGGAAUGAUUUUUUAUCUUUCUCAUGAUGUUCUUUUAAUUUACUGAUGUAAUGUUGGUUGCAAAUUGAAUGCCAUUGACUGAUUGGUUCAGUGUCUUCCUCCUCUUUUAAGCAGAGUGUAAUUAUCUUCUUUGCUUUAGGAUUAAUGUGUUGUCAGUAGCUUGUGGAAUGGAACACACAUUGGCUCUCUGCAGUGAUGGGGUAAGAGCUAGCCAAAGUUAUGAACCUGUUGCUUGCUCUCAAGAAGAUCAAGAUCAGAAGUUUUGCUCAUUCAUCUCAGCAAGAGAGUUGAAAUUUUGAUGUGAAUAAUACAUUAAUACAGGCUGAACCCUCUCAGCAGACUUAAAGAAGGACUGCCCUCAUCUUAGGCAGGAACCAUUAACCAUGAUUCAUAUCCUUAGUAAGAGGAAAUACAUAUUAAUAUGUUGAUGAGAGGGUAGCUUGCACGAAAUAUGUGUAAUGGAUUAAUUUGAUUAUUUCCUCAAUACAUUUUAAUCUAUUGAUGUGAGGGCAGCUGGGAAGAAGUAUAUGUUUGGCAUUAAUUUUAUUAUUUCUCCUCACCUAGGUGUAUUCUUGGGGAUCAUCAGAGUAUGGACAGGUAGGAAACACAGCAGUGGGAAUAUAGUUAUCAGCAUCCUUGUAAGAUUGCCGUUUUAGUUUUAAAAAUGCAGAGCCCUAGCUACCUGACUGUCACUUGUGAAGUGCUUGACUGUUUAAUUUGUAGUUUUUAACUAGUAUAUGAAAUUCCUACAAAAAUUUCCCAUGGUGUAAGCUAUCUGGUUUCAUUUGAUGGUAACAAGCUCUUUUUAGUGACAAUUUUUGUAUCAGAUAAUGCAUUAUUUGGAAAUAAUUUCAUGUUUUCGCAAAAAUAGUUUUAAUGAUGGUGUGUUAUUUUGUUGUAAAGCUUGGCCAAGGAGACAUGCAGCAACAGACAAGGCCUGUUUACAUUACUGAGCUGUCGGACAAGAAAUGUAUAGCAGUUAUGUGUGGACACUAUCACUCUAUGGCUCUGUCAGCAGAUCACCGGGUGUGGUCAUGGGGAUGGGGUGUCCAUGGACAGUUAGGAGUGGGUAGCAUUGAAGAUGCUCUCCUGCCAACACAUGUGCAAACACUUGAUGAAUAUCAAGUGACUGCACUAGCUGCUGGAUAUUCACACAGUGCAGUACUUACAGCUCAGGUUGGUUUUGGUUUUUUAUUAUAAAUUCUGCACCUGAAUAAGUAAAGCUUCUUUUUGAAUGAUGAAAUGCAGUGGCAGAGCAAUAUUCAAAGCCAGAACUAAUCCAAGUGAUUAGAAUACUGGUGUUCCCCUUGGGACAGGAUGCCAGUACACAGAAGGCUACCCCUUUCCUCCCCCCCCCCUCUUUUUAGCAUUGUGUUAGGUUUUCUCUUAGAGUUUGUUGGUAUCCAUUUUACUGAGAAAAGGCACUGUAAGAGAAAAGAGUCUUCCCCAGGAACAUGCAAACAUGAUAAUGAUGUAACAAGAGUUAAAACAUGGACCUGGUGAUCUAGAGCCUCGCAUACAAACUAUUAGUUUAUUAUGUCUCCCACCCAGUGAGUUUUGUGCCCUGACCAAAACAUUGUAUUUUGACAUGAGUAUUACUAACCUGGGUUACGAGACAAGAGACUCUGCAGCCAUGAAAGAACUUAAUAGGACCCACAUCAAGUAAAAGCCAUACAUUUGAAUUAUUACGGUAAAUGAAAGCAUGGCAAUGUUUUCCAACCUCAUUUAAAACCAUUUCUUUUUUUAGGGACAAGUCCUCACAUUUGGAGGAGGUUUGUAUUUCCCAGUCAAGCAUUAAACAUAAAAUCCCCUAUAUGUAUUUUUGUUUCAAAUUGGUUUGUGUUUUGUUCAUUUUGGGAAAGCAUCAGCAGUAAAGUAUUGUUCAAAAAAUUAAACUUUGGAGACCAACAAUUGAAUGGCAAUUGAACAAAACCUUAUGCUGAAUUUUAGGCAGAUUUAUAGAUACCCUCCCUGUGAUCUGCUGAUAUUUUUUUAAAUCAAGUUUAAUUUAUAGUUUAGACUGAGUAUAAAAUACAAAUCCAUGUAUCAUUGUCUCGCUCUUCAAAAUUGACUAACUUGCCUUUAUUCCUCAAUGAUAUUUAGGUUAGUUAUCUCUGAUUUUAUAAAAACACUUGCCUAGGUAAUUUAUGCAUCUUGUGGUGAUUGUUUGACAUAGGAUUGUAUGGUCAGUUAGGGCUGGGAACCAACAGUAAGCAGACACUUCCUGUGCUUGUGGAAACAUUGAAGCAUGAGAAAGUAUACUUGAUUUGUUGUGGAUCCUUUGAAACUGUAAGUAACAUUGCCAAAUUGGUAAUUGUGAAGAAAGGCUCCCUGAUAAAAUCUAUUGGCCGACAGAUCACUUACAGUGUACCGCCCAACUGUUGGCCAUCUGUUGGCCAACAGUGAGUGUAAACUUUUGGCAGACAGUUGGUUGUCUGUUGGGCCACAGUCAGGCAACAGUCCACGGACUAUUGGCCAUCAGUCAGCUGACAGUCGGCCCACAGCCAGCUGAGAGGGUUUUCAGAGAGUUGUUCUUCACAAUUAUCUCCAACUAUUCUUAGGUUUUUUUUUUUAGUAUUUGCACCAAAUUUGUUACAGGAAAAGAUUUCUUUCUAAAUUUCUCAUGCCAGAAAAAAGGAUAAUUGUGGUACAAAAAGUAAUAAUAAUUUUGGUUUUAGAUUUACUGUGGGUGAUAAUUAAUUUUUUUGUUUUCAGCUGGCUAUCACAGAAGACCAGAAAAUUUUCAACUGGGGAAGAAGUCCACACUUUUUCAGAUAUUGUAUGGUGAGCAGAAUUAAAUUUUUGCAACUGUUGUCAUUGGCUUGAUAAUAAAAAUCGUGGUUUUUUUGACUUGACACCAAUGUUUAGACUACAGUGAAUACAGAGUUUCAGAGAGAAUCAUUUCAUUAUGUAUUUCAGAGACAGGAGUAUCGAUCAAAACGCUCAGCACAGGCGUCACUUCCUUCCAAUGCAACAUCACACAGAUUACUGCCUGUGAGAUUGGACUGUACUUUUUCAUCACGAAUCAAAGAUGUAAGUUUCCAUCAACUCUAAAAGUUCUUAGAAUGAUUUGCAGAAUAUGUACUCAUACCAAACCUUUAAGGAAAGGCUAAAGGAAUUUUAAGAGUAGUCAUUAUAUUGCCGUACUUAAUAAUUAGGCUAUAUCAUAUGUUGAUGUACUGGACCAUACACCUUUGGCCAGAGAAUGUGGUAGCCUCAUGUUUAAAACAAUACAGGGCUUAAGAUCAAAGGGUACAUGUUGUUGGAGACCUAGCCAGGGUAAACAUGUUUUGUUCUGUUGUAUGACACUUUAUUGUCACCACACUGUGCUCCAGCAAAGAACAAAUUAAAGUGUUUGAGUGUGGACACUAGUGCCCAAUUAAAGACACUAGUGUCCAAUUUUUGAAUACUUAUGCCUGAUUUAAAGAUAUUAGUGUCCUAUUUUGGACACUGUUGUCUUAUUUUAGACACUAGUGUCCAAUUUUUGACAAUAGUGUCCAGUUUUGGACAUGGGUGAAUUUUUUUAGACACCUGUGUUCAAUUUUUUACACUAGUACCCAAUUUUAGCUUUUUCCAAAAUGGACAUUUGUGUCUGAUUGUGGACAGUAGCUUCUUGCUUCUUCUGGUUAUGUUUCAGGCUUGUUUUAAUGGUCCUCAGAGUUUGAGAGUACUACAAAAUUUUAAAAACUGUUUUGUCAGGUGUGUUGCGGCAAUUGGCAUUACAUGGUAGUUAUGGAGUCUGGUCAACUUUACAGCUGGGGAUAUGAUGAUUAUGGACAACUGGGGCUUGGUGGAAAAAUGGAACCACAGGUUUGUUAUUAGCUUAAUCUGAAAUUUUUUACCCAAAGCAUUUUGUAACAAUUAAUAUCAAAACAAAUCCUUUCGUACAUGGAUCUUAUUUAUGAAUAAAUGGCAAAAUAUUUAAUUCCACUGUUUUUUUUUUCCUUCCUCUAAGAUCUGCAGUUGUAUGACUGAAGUGUUAAAUGGUAUCUUAAACGGAACGUGGGGGACAUGUGUAACUUCUGAGAGAGUAUCAUUACUUCACUUUUUGGAAAAACUGCUACCAAAAAAAAACCUAUGAUCACGCAUUUUCAACAGCUCAGUCAAAUGGCAAAAACUAUCAUCAACUCCUGUGUCAAACUUGAAUGUGUCCAAACUGUAUGAUAUUUGAUGAUAGAGGAUGAUGUUGAUGAUGUGUAAAAAAGUGCUUGUUCAAAUGUGCAUGAUAGUUAAAACUCUCAUCAACUAAUUAUUACUGUAAGUUUCAGCAAGCUUUAAUUUAAGAACCAAUGAAUCUGUCAAGGUUUAAUGCAGCUUUUCCAAGUUGUCACUAAAUUUUUGUUGUAUAAAAUUUUUAUCAGAUGACCCCCAGACUACUUCACAAACUAUCAAGCAAGAGUAUUACAACUAUAAGUGUUGGUGCAGAGUUUUCUGUUGCUAUGGAUACAGCUGGAUAUGUGUGGGUGUGGGGACGAGCUGACUCAGGGCAGGUAAGUGAAUCAAACACAUAAUUAUUAGUGAAUCAAACACAUAAUUAUUAGUGAAUCAAACACAUAAUUAUUAGUGAAUCAAACACAUAAUUAUUAGUGAAUCAAACACAUAAUUAUUAGUGAAUCAAACACAUAACUAUUAGUGAAUAAAAGGGGCACGUUUCUUAAGAAAGUGUUUCGCUGCUUUGGUAAUUAUGACCCAAGUUGAUAAUGUAAAUUGGCCAUUGUAAAGAGUUUCAAAGCUCACAUUUUGAGUGUUUACCCUUCGUCAGAGCAUCAUAACUAUAAUAGCUUAGUGCUCAUCGCUCUCAUGAAGGGGUAAUGCUGAAAAGGUCAGCUUUGACACUCUUUACAGUGGCAAAUUUAUGUGAUCAACUCAGGACUGAUAAUACCAAGUAACAUAAUUGUUAGGUUGUGAGUGAACAUAUGACUUAUCAAUGAUUGUUUUCAGGUGUACUUUAAAAUUUUAUAGCUCAAUCCUGUACACCUCUACAUCAGUGAGCACAUUCUCUAUACUAUUUUCUAUACAGUUUGUAAGGUGCUGGCAAGGAGAAUGUGUUUAACAAUCAAAAACUUCUUUAAUUUUUGAUCAUUUCCCUGUUCUCAUGACCUUGGUGUUUGAUUUAGGGGUGAUAUUGUUAGGAGAAAUUAGAUGUUAGUCACUCUUAGGGAUCAAAGGGUUAUUACGGAAAAUGAGAGAGAAUGAAUACCUUGUCGUGAUUGCAGGUUUCCAACAUUUUCAAGCAUCAUGUGAAAAUUUAAAUUAUUACAAUAGUGGAAAAUUUUUAAAGUUAAACAUCUGCCUAUCAGGUGAUUUUUGGCACAUACUUCCUGUAAUUAGAUUUUGCAUGCUUUCUUUUAAUCUCACAGUUUGAUUUAUUUUACUGUUAGCUGGGAUUAGAUUUUGGUACCAAUGGUGUUGGCAAGAAGGAAGUUUCUGUGCCUUGUCAGUUAACCAGUCUCCCUCCAAUGAACAGAAAGGCCUCCAUCUCAAGUGAGGUAAGAUUUAUCAACUUUCAUUGGAUAACUAACCAUGCUGCUGUUUUCAUUUUGAUUUCAACAUAUCUUCAAAAAAAACAUAUUAAUAAGCUUAUUUGUAUGGCGAAUGUUUUAGUCCAUACAUUGUCCACUCAGCCGUGGUCAAACAAAAGAUAUACUUUUUUUGGUGGUGCACUGGUAUCACAAAUAGUUAAAGAGGGUAAGUUGCUGAAGAAACUGUGGUGCUGUGUUGGUGGAGGUAUUACAAGAGACUUUAGAACUGAUUUAUCAACUAAGUUGAUAAAUAAAUGUAAAUUUGCAUCAUUAGAGCACUAGCCCUUUGUCAUUUGCUCUGAUUUAGGGCUUAUGCCUGAAACAUCAACUCUCUGUGGUUGCCUGUUUACUUUAUCAUGAUCAACACAGUUGAGAAAAACCAAAUUGUGAUGUAUUUCAAGUUUGUUGUCAUUACUAACAGUUAGAAAUUGUUUCAGCAUUCUCUGAGAUCUGAUUUAAACACUGAUGUGGAUAUUGUGUGGGAUUUACCAGAUCUCUCAUCAAUCGGUAUGAGGACUUUUUGUGUUAUGAUCAGCAUCUGUAAUUGAUAAAUAAAAUGAAAAAAAUUAUAUUUUGUGAAUUGACUUGGUUGAUUUUCAGCUUCAUCAUCCUCAUGAUACAAUGCAUUCAUUAUUUUUUUUUUUAACUUUACCCUUUUGAUCUUUCAUUCUUUGUUACAUGGAUGUUUUUGGGAUUUGGUUUCAGGCAAUAAAUCAGUGCCUUAUGGCAGAGAAGCUCUUUCCAUCACCUUGCGUCAGUUGAGUGAUCAGUAUCCUGCACAGCCAUUGAUCAGGUACACAAUGAUAAAUUACUAAUUAACAACUGCAUUGCUAAGUAGAGGUUGGGUGCCUGAGACAUUCAGGAGCUUCCACUAUUGGUUGCUAUCUCCUUGAUGGAGAGUGCUCCCAUGGCUGGCAAAUCCUGGCAACCCAGCCAUGAGCCCCCACACAGGAAAGGGAAGUAGGCACCCAUCACUCUGAAUAAACUGUCUAGAUGAUGAGCUGCCAUUCCAAACAACACUGAACAUUCAUGCUCAAAGCACAAACAAAACACUCAAAUGAUGAGCAUAUGGAAUUUGCAAAAACCAAUAACUACUAGUGAGAGAACACUGAUGCUCUUUGCUGUUCGCUCUGUUAAAUUGUGUUCAACUGCAUCAAAAGUAAAGUGAACAGUGUGCUUGUAAAUCCUGAGUGACCAAUGUUUAAUAUCUCCUAGCAGUAAUAUUACUGCUGAAACAUUCAUUAAAUCAAGAUAAUCCAAAAAGAGGAAGCUAAGAAGCUUUGAUUUGUUAAAUAUAUAUUCCUUAAUUUAUAGUACCAAAGGAAAUGUUAAAAGAAGAGUAACAAAAAAGUUAAGCUUGGUAUCAUUUCACAUAUUCUAAUUAAUUGUUAGGUAAUGCUCUUAUAUGUAAGUUACCUAAUAUCUACUAUGACAUCUUUUAAUGCAUUUUUGAGUGGCAUCUUUAUUGUGUUCUUUCUUCUUCAGGCACUGUUUGGAUAUUAGGGAUUAUCUUGCAGCUGCAGUUAUUUAUGAAACUGUAGGUGACUGGCCACAGGUAUGUUGUACUGACAAAAAAUAAUUACAAACCUUGAAGAAAUUAUUUCUUGAUAUUUUAAGUCCUUAUGUCUUGUGGAAAACUGGUUUACUCAUUAAUAAAGGGUUAAGUUUCUAAAGAAACUGUGGUACUGUGUUGGUGGGGAAGUAGUUUCAAAAGAGGCUUAAAGCUGACAUUUUGAGCAGUAGCCCUUCAUCAGAGUGAAGGAGGAAGGGCUUGUGCUUGAAAUGUCAGCUUUGAAACUUAGUUAAUAAAUUAUCAACCAAAUUAUCUUGAUUUUGUAAUAGUCAAGAAUGAAACUUUAGAAUGAUAAAAGUUUGCUAUAUUUAAAAAACUUGGAGAAAAAAAAACUCCUGGUGGAUAGGUAACAAUUUUUGUAUAGUGUACCUUCAAGUAAAGUUGAGUUUCCCUUUGUUAUUAGGUCCUUGGCUACAGUUUAAGAUUUCUUAAUGAUUGUUACACCUCUGCAUCUUGUGAUGGAAUAAGAGACAAACUCCUUUCGUCAGCUUUUGACAUCAUGCAUCAUGUUAUCAGGUAAUGAUCAGUAAUAUGAUAAAAGCGAUUUCAUUGAUGUAAAGUUAUGCUGUUGAAAAGAAAUUAAUUCCCACAUUUUGCAUUUACUCUCAGAAAAUUCGCAGAAGCUCAAAUGAAUGAAGAACAGUCGACACAACAGACUGUAUGGCUGUUACAAGAGGUGCCUCAUUAAUCCUUUAACUCUGUAGCUGGCAUCAAUUUUCUUGUACAAUAGGCCCCAAUUGUGGGAAGGGUGGAUAAUGCCAGCCACUAGAUAAAUGUCCAUCUGUUGGAUAGCGCAGUAUGUUUUGAUAAUACUUAUCCACUGGAUAGUUAUUUAUCUGUUUUGUGGAGGAAAAGUGAUGUCAGUGAUGACUAUCUCUGGAAGCUUUAAAGGGUUUAACACAAUUAAGGUGUUAGUUGUGUUUGUUGUUUGUUAUGUGUCAUUUAUUAUAUAUAGUAUUAUUAAUUAUUGCUAUUGUUUUUUUUAAUCUGCAUUGAAUCUGUUGAUCAUGUUUUAUAGGUUUUGCAGUUUUGGACUCACAAUAAUCUCCCAUUUGAGAGCUUGGAAGGAUUUUUAUUGAAGAAUUUAGAUAUCCUUGGCUAUGCUCUCAGUUUAGUGUUAAUCAGGUAAUUUUGGUUGUUGUAUCCUAUAAAGGCCUACAGUUUUAGUUAAGAUUUAUUUUCCAAAUAAAUAGGCUGUAAUAAAUUUAAAAAACUUUCCAGUUGCAAAAUAAAGUUCAUAUAAAAUGCUGCAUGAACUAAUUUAUAAAUCUGUGAUAUUUUCCAUUCAUCUGUCACAAUAAAAUCUAUAGGUGGCAUGACCUAAGGUUAGAUUCCAACAUAAAAUUCAUCCAAUUUUAAUCUUUGUAUUCUAACUUAAAAAAAAAAAUUCAGAAAAGUAAGGCUUUAUCAAUUUUUCAGCUUUAAACUUAAGGUUUCCAAAAUUUACCAUCUAAAUAGUAUUAUUGUGACUUUUCAGAGAUCAUUUCCUUUCCACACCAAACAAGGAUGCUCAAGGAUCAGGUUCUGCAGAAAUCAAUGAUACAAGCAAAACAUUGCCACAAAAUUUUACUGUUGAAUUUUUCAACAAAGUUGUUACUCAUGUGGUUCAUCAGCUACAAGAGGAUGAUUUGGGUGAGGAGUAUGCUUCAGAUUUGAAAUCUAUUCUUGCAAGGUACAGCAGUACAGAGGAUUCUCCGACCUCAAAAGAUGAAACAUUUGCCCAGCCAUUUGCACAGCUAGAUGCAGGCAUUCGACUGAAAGAUUUCCAUGCAGCACAGAAACAUCUCUGGCAAGAGAUCUUAGACAAUAUCAAAAAAGAUCUGGACAAACACCCAUAUAUUGCCUUAUCCAUGACUGCUGCAGCUACCAUAGCAUCUGCGGCAGUUUCUCAACAAAGAGGGUGGAGAGGAGAGGGAGAGUUGAUCACUGAGCCACAACUGCAGGCUGAUGUUGUUUUGUUUACAUGUAACCAUCAUUUUCCAAGAGUGUAUUUCCAGGAGUUUAUUUUGCCAGAAUUUCAGCAACGAAUGUCAGAAUUGGUGAUGCCUUUGAAGCAUACCACAAAACUACUGUUGAAGUAUUACUCCAGGCAAGACGGUUUCUUGCCAACAGCCUGUCCUAUCUGUGUGUAUAACUCCAUCAGAAUAGAACAGAUGGAAAUUGCAGCAGCACAAAGUGGAAAUAUUGAGAACAUGCCUACCAGGCCAUGGGAUAUUUGAUAUCAAGACAAGAUUUAUGUUUUGUUUGUUACUCUUCACUGUCUAAGAAUUUCAAAAUUGACUUGUCAAGUGAAAAAGUUAAAAAAAAGAUAAAAAUUUUCCUAUAACUUAUUAUUUGGUUGCAUUAGAGGUAGGCUUGCUUACAAGCUGUUGUUCAGGAAUAUGGGCCCAUGCACCUCCCUUUCCCUCCACCCCAGUCUUUUCUCGGGGAGGAGCAAAGACCAGACACAAGAGAGUGGCAGAAAUCAAGCCUACAUUAUAGGAUGACUCCAGAGAAAAAAUGUUUUACUGGUGCAGUAUCCAUCUUAAUUCUCUUUAUUAAAAUAACAAAAUUAUUAUUGGGGCAACUUUUUCCCUCAAAAUAUUUUUUUAGCAUUUGUUACCAUAAGAAAUCAGCAAUUAUAUUUGAAAGUUAAAAUUUACAGUUCAAGUCUAUUAAUUAAAAGGUGACAUUAAUGAAAGAAUUUUCUGUAGUAUCACACAAUUUUUUUGUGGAAAUAAGACAAGAAAGGAUUGUUAUAAGAAUAACUUUGCAUCUUACAUAGAUUUAAACUAAAAGAGGCCAUCUGUGAACAUUGUGAGUUGUAUCUUGGUUUAUGAAAUAAGUACACAUCCAGUGAAAAGUGUCAUUUUACAGAGGCCACAAAACAAUAAUGUAAAAUAAACCAUAAGAUAUGCAGAG